CCCCCUGCUGACCGGAGAACCGGCCGGUGAAGGGGGACUUUGUGACCGGACAUCACACGAUGUCGGCGGCAGCAGAGAGAGCUGCUCUCCCUCCGGGCCGGACGGAGGCGGAGCCCCCGCUGGGGUCCGGUGCAGCCGGGGAGCGGGACGGACGAGCCCCGGUGCCGAUGAACCUGUUCGCAACCUGGGAGAUGGACCGGUCAUCUCCGAGCUGCGUGCCCAGGUUGUGUAGUCUGACUCUGAAGAAGCUCCUGGUUCUGAGGGAGUUGGACCGAGAGCUCAGCUCCGUCGUGAUCGCUGUGAAGAUCCAGGGCUCCAAACGAACUUUGAGAUCCAACGAGUAUCUUCUUCCUCCAGACGGCGUCAUGGCAACUGACCUGGAGCUCACCUUCUCACUGCAGUAUCCUCAUUUCCUGAAGCGAGAUGCAAAUCGUCUCCAUGUGAUGCUGCAGAGGAGGAAAAGAUACAAGAACCGAACCAUCCUGGGCUUCAAAACUCUGGCAGUGGGAGUCAUCAACAUGGCCGAGGUGAUGCAGCACCCGACUGACAGAGCCCACAUCCUCGGUCUCCAUAGCAACCUGAAGAAUGCCUCUGUGCGUGCGGCGGAGUUGAGUGUCCUCUCUCUCUCCAGCCAGCCAAUCGAACUGGAGGAGACGAGUGGUCACCAUGGCAACAUCACCAAGGCCUUGGACCGCUCUCCUGACAUGGAGAACUACUGGGAGGACGAUGACGACAGCUUCUCCUCUGAACAGGAAGGAAGUGAUGAUGCAGUCCCGCCUCAGGACAUGUAUGAUGAUGAUGACGAUGUUCAGGGAAAGAUGAAGAAGUCCCGUGGGAAAAUGAUCCGAACAACCUCCCUGACGCAUCAACCGAACUUCAAGCAGAAGUUUGUGGCUCUGAUGAAAAGAUUCAAAGUGACUGAUGAGGUUCUGGACCCGGUGGGUCAGAGUCAGGAGGUCGAGGAGGAUCUGGACGUCCUGUACGACAGUCUGGAGCUUUACAACCCGAGUGACAGUGGCCCCGAGCUGGACGACAAUGAGAGCAUCCAGAGCACGCCAAAACCAAAACUGAGGCCGUUCUUCGACGGCGUUUCUCAGUCGCCCUCUCAGACGGAGAUGCUGAGUCAGAGGAGUCACCAGAGAGAACCGCCUGCAGCCGCGACAGAGCUACUGUUUCCUGCUGAAGGGUCUGGAGGAGAAGAGGCCGGCCCUGGGGAAGGUGAGGAUGAUGUUGCCGUGGUAACAGAUACAGGGCCGGCUGCAAAACUGUGUAAAACUGAGUCCCAGACACACGUGUCACCAAGUAAGACAGGAAGUCAAACGUCUCGCCAUCCGUGGAGCGUCUCCAUAAAGGACAGACAGAACUCCAGAGGGACAGACAGAACCAGCAGCGUGGACAGUGAGACGUCCUCAGACUAUAGGACAGCUGCUCUGCAGGUUGCCAGGAAGUCGGUCUUGGAUCAACUGAACCACAUCCUGUUCUCUGAAGAUCAGUUUCCCGACUCUGUCGUUUUGAUCAACACCACAGACUGGCAGGGACAGUAUCUUUCAGAGCGUCUCUUCGACCAACCUGUCGUCUGCACCGUCUCAGCAGCUGAUGUCCACGCCGCCUUCAGCGCCAUCAUCAGCCGCAUCCAGAGAUUCUGUAACUGUAACUCCCAGCUGCCGCCCACUGUUAAGGUGGCGGUGGGCGGAGACCAGAGCUACCUCAGCACCGUCCUCAGCUGCUUUGUGGAGCAGCUGGCCAGCAAGACGCCUGAUUGGCUAAACUAUGUCCGCUUCCUCAUCCUCCCCAUGGGAGCCCACCCACUUGCCAAGUACCUGUCGUCCCUGGACGGUAAAUUCAACAGCCUGUUCAUGGACGCAGGCUGGAGGGAGCUGUUUGGACGUCUGGAGCCCCCGCCCCUCGAUCCGGUCGAUGUCGCAGUUCGAGUGUCCCGGUAUCUGAGCGGAGCUGCUGUCUCUCACCUGUGUCCCAUCUCUGAGGCGAUGCUCACCUGUAAACACAAGAGCCCAGACGACGACUCCUAUCAGAAGUUUGUUCCUUUUAUCGGGCUGGUGAAGGUCGGCAUCGUGGAGCAGAACUUCCUGUCCACCUCAGUCGACUCUGAUGACAUCAUACUGGGGUCUCCUCCCUCCCAAUCAGGAGCACCGAUCAGCAUCACCUCCACACCUCCCCCCUCCCCCUCCAACAGCUGUUCGGGGGAGGUGAUGGGUCUGCAGGUCGACUACUGGAGCAGUCAGGGGGGAGGAGGGGGGAGGAAGGAGGGCGGGAUGAAGAACACGCUGAAGAGCAACUUCCGCUCGCUGCAGGUGUCGAGGAUCAGCGGAGGAGAAAUGAUGAGUCUGACGGUGGUGAUGAAAGAGAAGAACAAGAAAGUCAUGUUCCUUAGUAAGAAGACGAAGGAGAAGGAGGCGGAGUCGAGGAGUCAGGUGAUUGAAGGAAUCAGCCGGUUGAUCUGUACAUCGAAACACCAACACACACUGAGAGUCUCUAUAGACGGAGUCGAGUGGAACGAUGUGAAGUUCUUCCAGCUCGCCGCCCAGUGGCCGACGCACGUCAAACACUUUCCUGUCGGAAUCUUCAGCUCCAACAAACCCUGAUCCACGCUCUCCUCCUCAUCCUCAUCCAAUCAGCCUUCAGCAGCAGAACCUUCUCUGCAUCGCAUCAUGUUGGAAAAAAAAUAUCUGUAACUUGUAAGUUACUUUAAAAAAUAAUUGACAUUAUAAAAAGAAUAUGUAAAACUUCAUGUAAAUACUGUACAGUUUCAGAUCAGAGAUAAUGUUUGUGGAUUUGAUUUAAUUGACAUUCUGGACAAACCAGCAGGAGAGAAGGUUAUUGUCAAUUUAAUUUGGAUCAAAUCACACUUGUAAACGUUAGUCUCUAAACAUGUUACAUGUCACAGUGAAGCAUCGUGUUCUCAGAAUCUGCUGCUGCACUUCUCUCCUAUAAACCUUUGUGAAUUUAACCCUCUAUUAUCCUUCGAUUAAACCACAGAGUGUUUUCACAGGAAAAAGUAUUAAUAUUUGAUCCACAUUUGUUUUGGUUAUUCAGGAUGAAAUUGAGGUCAUUUUAUAAUCGUAUUCUUCACUUGGACUACAGGGUAGACUUAGUGCUGCUAAUGUCAUUGAAACGCUUCCACGCAUCUUCAGCCAGGUCCGAGACUUCAGAUCCACAUUUGUGUUCCUCAUAACAUUUGAGUUGGAUCUAACUGGGAUGACGAUGGAGAGUGGAGGCGCGUGUAUGGUGCAGUUCAUGAUGUUCACUUUGACAACAGAGCAAUGAGGCUGGAUGUCUGAGAGAACACUGUGUUUGGUUAGUAAAGGACUGUUGUGUUCUCCUUACAGUUCUGAUGAGGAUGAUAUUCUAUUUGAACAUAAAGAUCUUUCUA